ACCUUGCCUCCCCCCAUCAUCGUAUCACAUUCCUCAUCUCAAAUCAUGGUCAAGGCAGUCGUUCUUGGUGCCGCAGGCGGUAUCGGUCAGCCGUUGUCGCUGCUCUUGAAGACGAACCCGGCGGUGACGCAGCUUGCUCUCUACGAUAUCGUCAACACGCCUGGCGUCGCUGCCGAUCUCUCCCACAUCUCCACCCCCGCCAAGGUCGAGGGUUUCCUCCCCAACGACGAUGGACUCAGCAAAGCACUCAAGGGCGCUGACGUCGUCGUCAUCCCUGCAGGUGUCCCGAGGAAGCCUGGUAUGACGCGAGACGAUCUGUUCAAGAUCAACGCGGGGAUCGUGCGCGACCUCGCGGUCGGCAUCGCGAACAACGCACCCAAGGCCUUCGUCCUCGUCAUCUCCAACCCCGUCAACUCGACCGUGCCCAUCGUCACCGAGGUCUUCAAGAAGGCCGGCGUCUACGACCCGAAGCGCAUCUUCGGCGUCACCACCCUCGACGUCGUGCGCGCGUCCACCUUCGUCGCGGAGAAGCUCGGCGACCUCUCCAAGGCGUCGAGCGUCACCGUCCCCGUUGUCGGCGGCCACUCGGGCGUCACGAUCGUCCCCCUCUUCUCGCAGGCAUCGCACCCGCUCCCUGCCGGGCUCGCCAAGGACGAGUUCGAUGCGUUGGUGAAGCGCGUGCAGUUCGGCGGCGACGAGGUCGUGCAGGCGAAGGCCGGUACCGGGUCCGCGACGCUCUCCAUGGCGUACGCGGGCGCCGAGUUCGCCAUCAAGGUCAUCGACGCGAUCAACGGCAAGUCGGGCAUCGUCGCGCCUACGUAUGUGCACCUCUCCGCAGACAAGUCGGGAGGCGACGCGAUCAAGAAGGAGAUUGGCCGCGAUCUGGAGUACUUCUCGUCGAAUGUCGAGCUUGGGCCCGAAGGCGUUAAGCGCAUCCUGCCGCUUGGCAACAUCACGCCCGAGGAGGCAAGCCUCGUCGCGGCGGCAGUGCCCGAGUUGGCGAUCAACAUCGAGAAGGGCACCAACUUCAUCCUCAACCCCGCACAGGCACCAGAGAAGGCGAAGGUGUAGAGGAAGGGAGAUACCAUUACUCUGGCUCCUACUUGAGAUGGUUUGACUCCUUACGCUUGGUCGUGACCCGUCGGUGCUGGUGGAGGGAAAGCAGGUCGCGCGCGCGGUCUGCGCAGACCCAGCCACGCGCGCUCUAACGAUACUAAAUCUAGAUAGUGCUCCAUCUGUACUAUAUGGCAACCCGGAAGAAAUUCGCAAAUCUGUAUGAAUAUUCAUCAACGCGACCAACUGGGAAAGGAAGGCUUCAAUG